UGCGCCCGUGUUGUUGUUGGGCGCAGUGCCGCCGCCGUCCCGGGCGGACGAGGCUCUCGCGAGAGCUGUGACGGCGUGGGCGUUAGGCAGGCCCGGCGGAGGGGAGCGGGCAGGCGGUGAGGCCGGUGCCAGGGAGUGCUGCGCCUCCGCGUCCUGCCCCAUAGUAUGUGCCACCGCCUCCUCCCCCUCCCGCCUGACUAGGGGCGGCCGAGCGGCAGGGGCGGGCGGCGCGCUCUCGCCAUGAACCUGCACCAGGUGCUGACGGGGGCUGUGAACCCCGGAGACAACUGCUUCUCCGUGGGGAGCCUGCACGACCAGCCCUUCACGGCUUAUGCCUCAGGAUGUGAUAUUGUGGUACUAGGGACUGACUUUGAAAGAUUACAGAUAAUCCCUGGAGCAAAACACGGAAACAUUCAAGUAGAAUGUGUGGACUGUUCAAUACAACAGGGGAAGAUUGCAGCUUCUUAUGGAAAAGUGAUUUGUAUCUUUGAGCCAGUUAGCCUCCUGAAGCAGAACAGAAGUCAUCAUAAUACAUUGCAUUAUCAGUGGCAGAAGAAUGCUCAAAUCUUACUGGAAGCAAUAGCACAUAACCUAACAUGGGAUCCCACAGGCACUCGCCUUUUAACUGGUUCCAGUUGUCUUCAGCUUUGGUCCAACAUUCCUUCGGAAAACUCUUCUGACAAUGAGAAAAUUGAAGAAACAGAUAUUGGACUUGGAGAAUGGAGAUGUAUCUGGCAAUGCAAAACUGCUUCUCAAGUUUGUUUAAUGAAAUUCUCACCAGAUGGAGAGUUUUUUGCUACUGCUGGAAAGGAUGACUGUCUUGUGAAAGUGUGGUACAAUACAGACAGUUGGCGAUCAGCUGUAACACCACCUGGUGCAAGUCCAGAAAAACAAGCAAAAGAAGUUGAUUUUUCAUUUGUUUAUUUGGCUCAUCCUCGAUCAGUAAAUGCUUUUUCAUGGAGAAAGACCAGUAAAUUCAUGCCACGUGGUGCUGUCUGCAAUGUACUCCUGACUUGCUGUAAGGAUAAUGUUUGUCGUGUUUGGGCAGAGACUUUGUUACCCAAUGACAGUCUGUUGUACAGUGGAGGAUACAAUAACUGGAGUGAAGCAGCACACUUAACAAAUAACUUCAAGAGAAAUACUUCAAGUAAGGAAAAAGUGCAAAAUGCUUUAGAGUUAAACCUGAGACACUUUCGACGAGGAAGGAGGAGGUCGGGUGCUGUUGUGGCUCAUACUGGAUAUGCUCCACAUCAGCAAGAUCCCCAUGAAGUUCACAGAAACGUUUCUCCUCAUGCAAAUGCGCUUUGUCAUUUCCAUAUUGCUGCCAGUAUCAAUCCAGCCACAGAUAUUCCUCUACUCCCUUCUAUCACAUCUCUGAGUCUUGGUGAAAAUGAAGAAAAAAGUGGACCUUUUGUUGUGCACUGGCUAAACAACAAAGAACUUCAUUUUACCUUAUCCAUGGAAGUAUUUUUGCAACAACUUAAAAAGAGUUUUGAACAUAAUUCUCCUGAGACUAACACUGAAGAAUCUAAUCAAAUGGAUAGCAGAUCAGAAGAAGAAGUUGAUGAAAAUGGAGAUGAGCACAAAGGAAACCAAGAAAAGAAGGAACUGGGUGAUGAGAAAACUGCACCAAAUUCAAGCCUUGUUCCUUUAUCUUCUACUGUUAUUGAUCAUGAAAUUGAAGUACUGCUUUCUGAAUGGAGUAAAAAUGCUGACAUGCUAUUCAGUAUACAUCCUAUGGAUGGUUCACUACUGGUAUGGCAUGUGGACUGGCUAGAUGAAUACCAGCCUGGCAUGUUUCGCCAGGUCCAGGUGUCAUUUGUCUCAAGAAUUCCUGUUGCAUUUCCAACGGGAGAUGCAAACUCUCUUUGCAGAAGUAUAGUGAUGUAUGCUUGUACCAAAAAUGUUGACUUAGCUAUUCAACAAGGCAAACAAAAGCCUCCUGUCCUUACACGAUCUUCAUCUAUGCUUAUCUCUUCUGGACACAGUAAAUCAACCAACAGUUUAAAACUAAGUAUCUUCACACCCAGUGUCAUGAUGAUUUCCAAACAUGCAGAUGGAUCAUUGAACCAGUGGCUAGUGAGUUUUGCUGAGGAAUCUGCUUUUUCAACUGUGCUCAGUAUUUCACAUAAAUCUCGAUACUGUGGUCAUCGUUUUCAUCUUAAUGACUUGGCUUGCCACUCAGUAUUACCACUGCUGCUUACAACCUCACAUCACAAUGCCCUAGUUUCACCAGAUAUUGAGAAUGCAGAACAGGAAAAUGAUUCUUUAAAGUCUCAGGAGUCACCAGUAAGACUUCAGAGUAGAGGCAAUGCAAAUGUAACAUCCCAAGAUCCCAGUGCGGUUUACAGUGAACUUAUUCUUUGGAGAGUUGACCCUGUUGGGCCUUUAUCGUUUUCUGGUGGAGUGUCUGAACUUGCUCGGAUCAAUUCUCUCCAUACUUCAGCUUUUUCUAACGUUGCAUGGCUGCCCACACUUAUACCCAGCUAUUGCCUUGGUGCGUAUUGUAAUUCUCCAAGUGCCUGCUUUGUGGCAAGUGAUGGACAGCAUUUGAGAUUAUAUCAAGCUGUAAUAGAUGCUAAGAAACUUUUGUGUGAGCUCUCCAAUCCAGAAAUUUCUAAAUAUGUUGGUGAAGUUUUUAAUAUUGUAAGUCAACAAUCUACGGCACGUCCAGGAUGUAUCAUUGAACUGGAUGCGAUCACAGAGCUUCGUGGCAGGAAAAUGCAGUUAUUCCAUGUUUUUCAAGAAGACUUCAUUUUAAAUAACGAGGAGAAGGAAAAACCUGAAAAGAACAGUUUAUCUGACUCUGGAAACCAGCAGAAUGGAUUCUCUGAAAAAUUCUACUUAAUAGUAAUAGAGUAUACUCAAAACCAUUCAUUACUGCGUAUGUGGCAUUUACAUUUGAAGUCUAUUCCUGUCUCAGUAGAUGAAAAGAUAGAUGCAAGUACACCUGGAGCGGCAACAGAAAUGGAAGAACUGUAUUCUUCACCAGAUCCAGAGAAGAUACAAUCACCUUUCACUCACAAGUAUCAGGCCUGUAGAGCAAACCUUCAGAGUACUAGCUGGCUUACUCUGUCUUCCAAAAUGGUGUAUAGUCAAGAGUUGAAUUUGCCAGAGGGAGUAGAGAUAAUAAGUGUAAAGCCAUCAGCAGGGCAUCUGAGCUCUUCUUCCAUAUAUCCUGUUUGUCGUGCACCAUAUCUGCUGGCUACUUCAUGCUCUGAUGGAAAAGUUCGAUUCUGGAGAUGCAGAGUUACCACUGAAUCAUCAUCUUCUUCCAUGACAGAAUGUAGUGCACACAGUAAUGUUACAUACAUAUGGGAAGAAUGGCCAUUACUAAUUGAGGAUGGACUUAGUAGUAGUGCAAUUAGUGUUCCGGGAAGGCCAACUGAAGUUAGCUGUGCACACACGAACAGAUUAGCAGUAGCAUACAAGCAGGGAACACAUAAAAAUAGUAAUCUUUCUCAAGACUUUAUAAUGUACGUUAGCAUUUUUGAGUGUGAAUCUACAGGGGGUUCUUCUUGGAUUCUAGAACAGACUCUUCAUUUAGAUGAGAUAGGCACCAUGUUAGACUCUGGUGUUACUAUUAAUAGUAAUUCAGUGUCAUAUAGCCGACAAGAUGUUUCUCUGUCUCCUGGUGGGAAUAUUAUCCCCUGCACUAAGCACUUGGUACACUUAGAUUGGAUGUCUAGGGAAGAUGGUUCACAUAUUCUGACAGUGGGAAUUGGAUCAAAACUUUAUAUGUUUGGUCAGCUGUCUGGGAAGAUGCAAGAACAAAAUGGUAAGGAGACUGUAGCAAUCUUGCAUAGUGACAGCGCAAAGGCUACGACCCUUUCUAAGUUUGUUCUGCUGCGUUGUGUUGACUUGGUUUCAUCUGUGGAAGGAUCACCUCCUUUUCCAGUCUCCUUGUCUUGGGUGCGUGAUGGCAUUCUGGUAGUUGGAAUGGAUUGCGAAAUGCAUGUUUAUUCGCAGUGGCAAUCUCCUUCCAAGCAGGAGCCAGUUUGUAUGGGUUCUUGGAGUGGAAGUAUGCCAUGUAUGACUAGCUUAAUGAAACAAAGCCAGUCAGCCACCUCAGGUCUGCAUCCACCAAAGCGACCCCUGACCAGAUCUAUGACCAGCCUUGCACAGAAACUAAGUGGGAAAAAGUCUGCCUGUGAUCUGUCUAUGGAAAUGGAAGAUUCGGGUCUUUUUGAAGCAGCUCAUUCAUUAUCUCCAACCUUGCCUCAGUACCAUCCAUAUCAACUGUUGGAACUCAUGGAUCUUGGUAAAGUACGUAGAGCAAAAGCCAUUCUGUCCCAUCUGGUGAAGUGCAUUGCUGGUGAAGUUGUUGCUGUAAAUGAAUCUGAACCUAAUCAUGAUAAGAGGCUCAGAUCUCUGACCAUCAGUGCAAGUGGAAGUACUGCAAGAGAUCCCAAAACAUUCAGCAAAACUGAGACUGCAGACUAUAUUGAAAUAGAUUCUGUUCCACCAUUGCCUUUGUAUGCUCUGCUUGCUGCGGAUGAUGAUUCAUCUCAUUCUUAUUCAGAGAAGACUAAUAAUCAAAACAGUCAAAAAAAAAAAGAUGUGCCAAAUGACAAUUAUGAAGAUCUCUUUCAAAAUACUGCUGUAAGUACAGAUGAACUUACUACAUUUGAUGCAGAUGAGGACAUUUCAAAACCAAAAGUCAUUGAUCUUUCUCAGUAUAGCCCAACUUACUUUGGACCAGAGCAUGCACAAGUUCUUUCUCGUCACUUGCUUCAUUCAAGCUUGCCAGGCCUGACUAGGAUGGAGCAAAUGUCAUUGAUGGCCUUGGCAGAUACAAUUGCUACUACCAGUACUGACAUCGGAGAAAGCAGAGACAGAAAUCAGGGUGGAGAAACUCUUGAUGAGUGUGGUUUAAAAUUUUUAUUAGCCGUUCGGCUUCACACAUUUUUAACAACUUCACUUCCUCCUGUACAUCGAGCUCAACUGCUUCACCAAGGCUUAUCUACUAGUCAUUUUGCCUGGGCAUUUCAUUCAGUAGCAGAAGAAGAGCUACUGAGCAUGCUACCUGCAAUGCAGAAAGGAGAUCCAACAUGGUCAGAACUCAGAGCUAUGGGUGUAGGAUGGUGGGUUCGAAAUAUCCACAGCCUGCGGAAAUGCAUAGAAAAGGUGGCUAAAGCAGCCUUUCAACGAAACAGUGAUCCUCUUGAUGCAGCCAUUUUUUACCUGGCAAUGAGAAAGAAGGCUGUGAUCUGGGGAUUAUACAGGUCUCAAAAAGAUACUAAAAUGACACAGUUUUUUGGAAACAACUUUACUGAGGACAGGUGGCGUAAAGCGGCAUUAAAGAAUGCUUUUUCUUUGCUUGGCAAACAGCGUUUUGAACAUUCUGCAGCUUUUUUCUUGUUGGCAGGACACUUAAAAGAUGCAGUGGAGGUCUGCCUUGAAAAACUGAAUGACAUUCAGUUGGCUCUUGUAAUAUCAAGGCUUUAUGAGUCGGAGUUUGAAGUAUCUAGUACUUAUAAAUCUAUACUACAGAAGAGAAUUUUGGGAAGUGCAUUUCAUGGAAAACAGAGCUCGGGAAACAUGCACUGUGACCCUUUUCUGCGAAGUAUGGCUUACUGGAUUUUGGAAGAUUAUAGCAAGGCUCUUGACACUUUGAUUAAACAUUCUGUGGAUGAUGGAGAUGAAGAAGAUGGCUCAUCAAGUUGUAGCCCUUCAGUGUUUAACUUCUAUAACUACUUAAGAACACAUCCACUCUUGUUGAGACGUCAUUUUGGCUCUUCUGAUACAUCUUCCACACAUAUUUGUCUAACAGUAGAAAGUGGAUUAGCUGACAAAAUCAACCUAGGUGAAAGACGGCUAUUUUUCACCACUGCAUAUGCUCAUCUAAAAGCUGGUUGUCCUAUGUUGGCCUUAGAAGUGUUAUCAAAGAUGCCAAACGUUGUCAAGAGGUCAAAGUCAUUUUGUAAAUCCCCUAGUUUAAUGGAUACUAGUAAGGAUUUCUCCCCAUCUUCUCCAGUUAAGGAGUCAGAAACAAAAGACCAGUCUUCCAGUGUGGAUUGGUCGCAGACAGUGUUUAAUGGUCUGGGUUCAUCUUCAGAUUGUUCUUCAGGACAACAUUCAAGUUCGACUCCUUUGUCCUUUGACUGGAGUCAGCCCAGUAUGGUAUUCCAAGAAGAUCACUUAAACUUACAGUCAGAUAGUGAUGGAAGUGAUGAGAGUGAAGAUUCUUCCCUGGUAAUGAAAGAGCUAAAACCUCUGAAAAAAACUGAAAAAUUAUAUGAAACGGGUUCUAGCUACACGGAAUCUUUUAGUAUAGUUGAUGACAAAGAUAUCCUAAGUCCAUCAGAAGAUAUAAUUUCAGCACAACUGAAGUUUAGAGCAUGUCUGAAAAUUCUUACUGUAGAGCUUCGUACACUGUCCACUGGUUAUGAGGUAGAUGGUGGGAAGUUGAGGUAUCAGCUUUAUCAGUGGCUUGAAAGAGAAGUGGUAGCUCUGCAAAAGACCUGUGAUUAUAGUGUGGAAGUAGAAGAGAUACAGUCAGGAAUUAGUGUGAUUCCAGAGGAAUCUACAUUACAUGAAAAUACUGACGAUUUAGCUGACCACCGAAGAAAUGUGCUACAGAAAGAAGACUUCCAGAAAAGACGUCAAUGGCUUCUGAAAUACCAGUCUCUCCUAAGAAUGUUCCUUAGUUAUUGUGUACUUCAUGGCUCUCACGGUGGAGGUUUGGCAUCAGUCAGAAUGGAAUUAAUUCUACUCUUGCAGGAAUCUCAGCAAGAGCAAUCAGUACAGAUACCUUCCAGCCCUCUACCAGAGCAAAGUUCCAUACCUCUCCUGUUUGCUUGCACAGCUAGUGCCAAAACAGUGGUGGCUAAUCCACUGCUACAUCUUGGUAACUUAACUCAUGAUAUUUUACAUGCCAUAAUAAACCUUGAUUCUCCACCUCAUCCAGAUACUCAGAACAACAAGAUAUAUGUAAUACAUACCUUAGCAGCAUCCCUCUCUGCUUGCAUCUACCAAUGUCUUUGUGAUGGCCACAGCUACAGCUCAUUUCAAGCAAAUCAGUUCACUGGAACAGUGUAUCAGACAGUGCUAUUAACUCAGCGCCAUUCUCUAAGAACAACAAGCUUAGAAGAAACAAUGACUCCCAAUACAUCACCUUCUCAGUGGCCAGGAAUAACAGCUCUAAUACGUCUCUUGAAUUCUACUGGUGAGGAAGCUCAGCCAGGUCUCACAGUUUUACUUUGUGAAAUUCUAACUGCAGUCUACCUAAGUCUGUUCAUCCAUGGCCUAGCAACACAUUCUAGCAAUGAAUUGUACAGAAUUAUGGCUCAUCCACUGAACAACAAAAUGUGGUCUGCUAUCUUUGGAGGUGGAGCACAUACACCCAGCAGAGGACAACUCCAAUUAAAGACAAAAACUGUAGAUUAUGGCGAGAAACAACAAAAACGCUACAGACUUUCAUCAAAAACCUCUCCAAAAGAGACUUCUCAGUUUCCUGCAUUGCCAUUGGUAGACCAAGAAUCUGCAUCUCACAAAGAAAGAUUCAUUCCCCCUGAGCUUAGCAUCUGGGAUUAUUUCAUUGCAAAGCCUUUUCUUCCAUCGCAAAGUAGAGUAGACUAUGAUUCAGAAGAGAGUCAGGAAAGUGGCGAAGAUGAUGAUGUUGAUGGAGAUGUGUUUUCAUCAAAUUCAUAUAAUCAAGAGCAUUCUAACUCAAAUUCAUACAGUUGGUCACUGAUGAGAUUGGCAAUGGUUCAGCUGGUACUUCACAAUUUGAAGAUUUUCUACUCUUUGGCUGGACAUGAUCUUUCAGAGCUUCCUGUUAGCUCCCCAUUAUGCCACGCAGUACUGAAAACUCUGCAGCGCUGGGAACAAGUUCUUCUCCGACGACUCGAGCUAUAUGGGGGUCCACCUCAACAUUAUAUUUCAGUUCAUGCUUCUGAAGAUGCUCUAACUGCUGGCCCUGCAAUACUUCGCCAUAAAACUUUGCUUGAGCCUACAAACACUCCAUUCAGAUCUAACAGUCAUGUUGCAUUAUCUGUGAAGAGGCUUUGGCAGUACUUGGUUAAACAGGAGGAAAUCCAGGAAACCUUCAUCAGAAAUAUUUUUACAAAGAAGCGAUGCCUACAUGAGUCAUUAGAGGACCACAAUGAAACCAUGAAAAAUUUGGGGAUGGAGGAGCCAGUCAUCAAUAAGAUAGAAACAGAUUUGGGAUACCCAGGAGGCAAGGCAAGAAUAAUCCAUAAAGAGUCUGACAUCAUUACUGCUUUUGCAGUCAAUAAUGCGAAUCGGAACUGCAUUGCAAUAGCAUCGAGUCACGACAUUCAAGAGUUGGAUGUUUCUGCAAUUUUAGCUACACAAAUCUAUACCUGGGUUGAUGAUGACAUGGAAGUUGAAAAUAAAGGGGCUGAUGAUUUCUUAGUUAUACAUGCUCGCGAUGAUCUGAUAAAUGUUCAGGGAACCACUCCUUAUACUCAUAGUAAUCCCGGCACACCUAUCAACAUGCCUUGGCUUGGUAGUACACAAACUGGCAGAGGUGCAUCUGUGAUGCUCAAGAAGGCUAUUAAUAAUGUCAGGAGAAUGGCUUCUCAUCCAACAUUGCCAUACUACCUGACAGGUGCUCAAGAUGGUAGUGUAAGAAUGUUUGAAUGGGGCCAUGCACAGCAAAUCACAUGUUUUCGGUCUGGUGGCAACUCAAGGGUAACUCGAAUGCGAUUCAAUUACCAAGGAAAUAAGUUUGGAAUUGUUGAUGCUGAUGGGUACAUAAGUUUGUAUCAAACAAAUUGGAAAUGUUGCCCAAUUACUGGAACUUCACCGAAACCAUAUUUGAUGUGGCAGUGUCAUAACAAAACAGCCAAUGACUUUGUUUUCAUCAGUUCAUCAUCUUUGUUAGCUACAGCAGGAUUAUCUUCUGACAACAGAAAUAUUUGUCUUUGGGAUACUUUGGUUUCACCUACAAAUAGCUUGGUGCAUGCUUUUGCCUGUCAUGAUAGUGGAGCAACUGUGUUAGCAUAUGCUCCAAAACAUCAGCUGUUAAUAUCUGGAGGCAGAAAAGGCUUUACAUGUAUAAUUGAUCUGCACCAAAAACAGCAGCAACAGUUACUCCAGAGUCAUGAUUCUCCAGUCAAAGCAAUUGCUGUUGAUCCUACAGAGGAGUAUUUUGUCACAGGAUCUGCCGAAGGCAACAUAAAGGUAUGGAGUCUCUCUACAUUUAAUCUUCUUCAGACUUUCAUCAAUGAACAUACCCGGCAGUCUCUCUUCAGAAACAUUGGGACAGGAGUCAUGCAAAUUGAGACAGGACCAGCAAAUCACAUAUUCUCCUGUGGUGCUGAUGGAACAGUAAAGAUGAGAAUCUUGCCCGAUAGAUUCAGCUCUUUAGAUGAUGUGUUAAAAAAUGAUGUGAAAUUUAUGAUCUAAUUUUUUUUCUCAAAACUAUAUAACAUUCCCAUGGUUUUUUUUUUUUUUUUCUGCAACUAGCCAACAAAGCAGAUACACAAUGAUAACUUGUGCCACAAAGAUGCUUUUGCUUUUUCUUCUCCUUGUAUUUAUUAGCUGGAGCUUUUAUUCCCUAAUGCACUGAUGCCCUAAAGAUUAAUAAGGUCCUUCAGAUUUUGAUCGCUGCCUAAAACAAAAGCUAUACAUGACCCUGAAUUAUAUACUUAAAAUAUUUUAAGUUGUUGCUGAAGUGUUUUACUCUUCUUUUGAGGUGGUUAGACUCACGCCUGGAGUGUACCAUCUAGGCAUGGCCUCUGCUUAUAUUCAGCGUCUAGACCCCUUCUAAAAGCAGAUAUGUCCAGGUGGAAACAUUAGAAAAUGUUACUCUUCCAUUGUGGCAACUAUAACUGCCUCUCUUCUCAACUCAUUGAGUCAGCCCGUGAUAAAAAUUUUAUACCUGUUUGUAGAAGAGAAACGAAGCCUGUACGAGUAGAUAUUCCUGGCUGUGUGCAAGCAUUCAUAUAACGAGCCUCUGUCUCUCUCCAUUCCUGGAACCCAGGCUAUUUACCUCUCUAACUUGCCUGAUCUCCUUCCUCUGAUCUAGGAUAUGAGAAACUGAAGGAUGUUCUGUAACUUGUCUUCUGUUCUAUAGCCUGAAUCACUGCCAUCAGGAUGGCAGGCUUACCUUUUAAAAAGAAAUAUAUUUUUAACCCUGAACACUCCCUUUACAGAAAUAUGUAAAUAUUAAUGGACAUCUUCCUAGUAAAAUAGUCAAGAUUAUGUGUGAAGCUUUAGUCUUGAUCAAAAAGUUACAAGAAGAUAACUGUGUUAGGAUAUGGCACUAGAAUUUCUUCAAAGACUUAUUUAUUUAUAUGUCUGUAGAAGAAAAAAAACCCCUAAUUUAUUUUUACAUUUUUUCCAGUAGGACUUUUAUUUAGCCCAAAGAUAUUUAGUUCAUUCUUAGCACUUAAGUUCUUGUCUGCUUUUCCUAAGUACCUUUAAAAGAAGAAAAAGAAAAAAGUUCAGCAGUGAAGUACUUUACUUCUGUCCGACUUUGUAAUGUGUGUUUACAUCUGGAGUAAACUGAAAGAAAAGAUUUUGAAAAGGUUUUGUGGGGAUUUUUUUUGCCAAAAUAUUAAACUGUGUAACUUAAAUGUCUGACCAAAUCAUUAAUGCACAAAGCCUAUAAAUUUUUUUCAUUCAGAUAAAAAACUGUCUCUAUAAGUACUUUGGUUUACUUCUCCUGACUUGAAAGUUUAACAAAGGUUUAAUUUGUAAAUUAGAUGUGAGGCUGGAUUACUUGAAUGCCAACAGUGUACUUUUUGCUAAAAGAUAUUUUGUGAAAUAUAGCACCAAGAUAUUAACUGUAAAAUAAACUUGACAAAUUAGGAACUAUGGGGAUAAAUAAAGCAUAGCAGAAAUGAAGGGCUUGUAAAACAAACUUUGUAACAUUCUCAGGAUAUCUUUAUCUUAAGAAUAUAAAAUUGUUUUAAAAGAUUUUGUAAAAUGUAUUAAGGUCAUUUUAAAUGUAUGUUUUGCAAGCUGCAGAGCAAACACUAUGAAGGUUUUUAUGCACAUAACCUGAUUUUUCAAAUUGUGCAAUAAAAAGAAUGUGAAUAUUUUGCCAUGAAGAAUUAUGUGACAGCAUUUCAAACUGGCACAGCUGUUCAGUGAUUCAAGUGUAAUUGUUCUUGCACAACAUUUAUAGAUUGAAAUAAAAAUUGAAAUCUAAACAGUUUAAGUACAGUGAUGGACCAGAAAACUGACUGACUAAAAGUGACACCACCUCCCAAAAAAGACUUGCCCAAAGCAUAUGUCACAUCUGCUCAGUGGCUGAGUUUCUAAUAUUACUCGUAUGGAAGAAGGAAAACACUGGUGUUAACGGUAGCAGAGUCCUGCAGAGUCAUCUGAAACCCUGACUUUGUAGCCACUUAGAUACAUGCGUUAGUUUUAUGCACCCACUGAACUAACCAAGUUACAAUCAGAAAAGGAAAACAUGCAAAAGUCAUGGCAACAUUAUAUAAUGAUGUCCUUGAUGAUUUUGUCCUUAAAUAUUUGUAUCUCAUUAGCCCUAACAUUUCAAGCUCAGUUUAUUGUACUAGUGAUCACAGAAAGCUGUCUUAUCAUUUGUGAACUGAGCAGGUUUUACUUGCAGUUUGCCAAGACAUAUGAUGUUGUCAUUUUUCUAAGUAGAGCUGCACUAAGAAUAAUCUUGGCAAAAUUACGCUUAUAUCAGAAAAGUACUGAUUGUGUGCAGGCAUUUUCACUAAUGUUUGUAGUUACCAUAAGCUAUUCUCAAAGAUAAAUUCUGUAAAAUCACUAUGUAUUUGCCACACCUUCAUAAUCUUCCCAAUAAAUCAUGCAGAAACUCAACCUUUAGAAUCC